AUGCUGUUCUCUACUCUUGCUGUUGCUGCUCUUGGGGCUUCGACCACACUCGCUACCCCUCUUCUGGGCUCUCUCUCGGCCAGAAACAAGAACCUUCCUUACAAAGACGGCUCCUUGUCUCACCUCAAUGGUCGAGAUGUGAACAAUGCUGAGUCGGAGCAAUUGCCAACUUGCCGUAGUGAUGUUCUCUAUGACCUCCUCACCAACACAACCAACAAUUUGGACACCCGUGCCUUUUGCAGCAUCUACAUCGCUGUUUCGAGCAUUGUUGGAGUCUUCGCCACAACGACCAUCACGGGUUCCGUUGUCAUGACCAAAACUGCUGCAAUCAACACCGUUACUGCCACUGCCACUCCCAGCAAUGCCACCAACUCUGCGGGGCCAUGCAGUUACAGCAAUACCACCGCGGUUUCUGCUACCAGCGGCUUGGUCAAUACUACCGUUACUGCCGUUUCUCCGCCUCUGGAGAGACAAGACGCACCAACCCCACCUGCUUUCCUUGCACCAUAUGAUCCACUUCGUGUGAGCAGCGUCUGCAGCUGUCUUGUAACUCCAUCAACCAUCGUGCAAACUUGGACAUCAUUCGUGUCAGUGGCAUGGACUAUUGUGACAAGCAUUCAGAGUGUCACUGCUACUGUGGCUCUGCAAACCCCUGCCGGGGUGUCACAACCUCCAGACACCACUGUUGUCACAACUGAUUCCACCCCACCAACUCCAACUGGCUCUACUGGAUCAAUCACCACAAGCACACUGGCUCCUGACACUCCGGCAGGCAGCACUGACGUGUCUACUGUUAACAUCACCGCCUCACCGACCAAUGCUACCGAGGAGAGAGUUACAGUCAUACCUAUCCUGGAUAGUACAGUCGGUGCUUCUUUUACCAUGACUAUCCCAGACAUUACUGCUGAUGCCACCGCGACCAUUUCAGUCUUUCCGACCCGCAGCACUAAGUCUAGAUCUACCCUCUCAAUCUUCCUUAGCCAUAUCAAUGCCACUGGAACGAGUUUUCUUCCCCCGGACAUCACUGCCACUUGGGCCACUGCCUCGGUGGUUCACACCAAUACCGCCACGCCAGGAGUGCCAGCACCUACAGGGACAAAUCCAUUCAACUCAACUACAUACUGCGGCCAGGCCUCUGUCCGAGGCAACGGGACCUUCCAAGCUCGAUACACAGUACGAUGUGGCUAUUCGUACACCAAUCUCGAUCCAUUGAGAGUGGUCAGCCGGUCUUCGUAUGCUGCCUGCGUCAAGGAAUGCGACAAUGACUCCCGCUGCUAUGCAUUUUCAUUCAAGCUCUCUGAGGUUGCAGAAAAUUGCUACAUCUACAACCUCUAUCCGAUGCCAUCCGGUCACUCGGAUGUCUUGUUCAAUAGCGGCGCAUACGUGCUCGGCUCGAACAAUGGUAUGAAGCGUUGA